AUGUAUGGAGGCGUCAAUGCCUCGCGGGCUUCUUCGCGCCAACAGCAGCAGCUGGGCAGCAGCAGCGAUGUGUCCUUGCAGGGUGCACAACAGCGGCAGAGCCUCGAGGGCGAGAUGGAGCGGCUCAAGGUCACGCAGCGGUCUCUGGCCCAACGCAUCGAAGAACGGCGCCGCCAGGUGCUUGCACAGGAGCUGCAAAACAACCGAGCCAUGGCACAUCUGCAGGAGCAGAAGCAGUCCAUUGCCACGCUGCAGGCCCAGAUUGACGCGCAGUCAAAGCUUGUGAGCGCAUGCACGGCCUGCCUACACCGCAUGGACCAAAUUGAGAUUGAGGGGCUCAUGCUCGCCGAGCAGAUUCAGUCAAAGAUCGAGAGGCGCGUGGUCAGGUCCUCGAAGACAACUCGUACGACACGCAAGCGCAACAAGAAGAAGUGAACAACGCAAACGGCCAACAACGGGUCGCAGAUGCACAAACACAC